CCUAGAGACRGCAGAGAUGCUUCUCUCUGAGCAGAAGGAUUGUAAAGGGCUUUCUAGACAGAAGAGCUAGCCAGUCCAUACUGGUCCAAGGACAGAGCUCAUAGGGGCCACGAGAUGAAGAUAAUCAGAUGAGCAACUGCUGUGGGAAACUUAUUCUAUGAAAUAGUUCUCUAUACCCUGUGGUCCUCUAUGCCACACAACCUCAGAUUUCAUAAGCUGCCACUUCUCAGCAGAGACUUUCUCCUGGAGCCUCCUGUGCAGUUUGGCACAAGAGGGCUUUGCUGCUGUUCCUUCCUUUGCAGCAGAGCAGCAAAACUGCUCUGAGAGCUGUUUGUCUGAAAUGGGCCAUGGUCAAUACAACACUUCAGCCCACUGUUUCCUUGGAGCUUACCAAAGAAAAGGCUUAGAAACAAGCACUCUGAUCUAUUCAAAGCAGAGGUGGGAUUGGAGCUAUGUUGGCAGUCUGCAGGAUUCCUGAAAUUUUAGAGAAGAUUGAAACAGUAACACUGAGUUCCUCUGGAGCUCAAACUGAUCAAAAAUCCUGAAAUGCCACCUCCUUUUCUCUUUCCCRUUCUAGUGCACUAUUUGCAUAACUUUUAAGUAUGUGAAAUUUUAGGGAAAUGAAAUCAUUUCUUGUUCAGACUGUGAGGUUUUUUUUCCUGCAAAGCAGAUUUUUUUAACAGAAGCCAGCACACUUUCCUGUGUAGAAAGUUCAGCCUCUUCUUUGUUUUAGAAUUUAUGCAGAUAACUAAAACAAACAUUAUAUUUGAAAGGUAUCUUCAAAUACUUUAGACCAGGGCAGAGCCCUGGCAAGAUGACUUGCCAGAACUGCACAGCAGAAAUCCAAACGUGCAGCACUGUCCUGCUCGCCAGGCCAAAACAGGCCACACAGAAUGGGUGCGCAGGGGUAAAGUCCCAGAAAAGAUGCAGCUGCUCCUAAUAUUGCUGCGUAAUCCUUUUUGGAUUGAAUUUGGAAAGAAGAUGACACUUCUUUCCGGAGCUCAGAAAGGGCACUGCGGGAUUUUGUAGGCUGACAGUUUCUGCAGGUGACGUUGCGCUAAGGAAUUGAUAUUCAAUGGCUGGAAACGGAGGUGCCAGGAGGCUGAGAUGAAUAUGACUACUAUCCUACAAGAGAUUUUGAUUAAAAGAUCACAGCAGAAGAAGAGGACUUCUCCCUUAAACUACAAAGAGAGGCUUUUUGUACUUACAAAGUCCAUGCUAACGUAUUAUGAAGGUCGAGCAGAGAAAAAAUACAGAAAAGGAUCUGUUGACAUUUCAAGGAUAAAAUGUGUAGAAGUUGUCAAAAAUGAUGGCAUUAGUCCCUGUCAAAAUAAGUAUCCGUUUCAGGUUGUGUAUGAUGCUAAUACACUUUAUAUUUUUGCACCAAGUGCACAAAGCCGGGAUCAGUGGGUGAGGAAUCUCAAGGAAGAAAUAAAGAACAACAAUGAUAUAAUGGUGAAAUAUCAUCCUAAAUUCUGGACAGAGGGAAUUUAUCAGUGCUGCAGACAGACAGAAAAGUUAGCACCCGGUUGUGAAAAAUACAAUCUUUUUGAAAACAGUAUAAGGAAAGCACCCUCUCCAAUGCCAGAACAAAGUAGGCGAAGGCCUCCGCCCCCAGCUCCCCCAGAAGAAAAUGACACAGAAGAGGAAGAUGUAGUGGUGGCGAUGUAUGACUUCCAGCCUACAGAACAUCAUGAUUUAAGAUUAGAGAAGGGUGAAGAGUAUAUGAUAAUUGAAAAAAAUGACAUUCACUGGUGGAAGGCAAGAGAUAAAUACGGAAAUCAAGGCUAUAUUCCAAGCAACUAUGUAACCGGAAAGAAGUCCAACAACCUUGAUCAAUAUGAGUGGUACAGCAGAAAUCUGAACAGAAGCAAAGCAGAGCAACUCCUUAGAAAUGAGGACAAAGAAGGUGGUUUUGUGGUGAGAGACUCAAGUCAGCCAGGCUUGUAUACGGUUUCCCUUUAUACAAAAUUUGGAGGAGAAGGCUCAUCAGGAAUAAGACACUACCAUAUAAAAGAAACAGUGACAUCACCAAAACAGUUCUACCUCGCAGAAAAGCAUCUUUUUAACUCCAUUCCWGAAAUAAUUGAGUAUCAUAAGCAUAAUGCAGCAGGUCUUGUUACCAGGCUGCGCUACCCAGUGACUCCAAAAAUGAGGACAGCACCAACAACUGCAGGUUUCAGCUAUGAGAAAUGGGAAAUUAAUCCGUCCGAGCUGACCUUCAUGAGGGAGCUGGGGAGCGGUCUCUUUGGCGUCGUGCGCCUGGGCAAGUGGCGGGCCCAGUACAAAGUGGCCAUCAAGGCAAUUCGGGAAGGUGCCAUGUAUGAAGAGGACUUCAUUGAGGAAGCUAAAGUGAUGAUGAAAUUAACACAUCCUAAAUUAGUUCAGCUGUACGGCGUGUGCACCCAGCAGAGACCUAUAUACAUAGUGACCGAAUUCAUGGAGCACGGCUGCCUGCUGAACUACCUGCGGCAAAAACGCGGGCUGUUGAGCAAAGACAUCCUGCUGACCAUGUGCCAAGAUGUGUGUGAGGGAAUGGAGUACUUGGAGAGGAAUGGCUUCAUCCACAGGGACCUGGCUGCCAGAAACUGCUUAGUGAAUGAUUCAGGAGUGGUCAAAGUGUCUGAUUUUGGCAUGACAAGGUAUGUCCUGGAUGAUCAAUACACAAGCUCUUCAGGGGCCAAGUUCCCUGUGAAGUGGUGUCCCCCAGAAGUUUUUAAUUACAGCCGAUUCAGCAGCAAAUCAGAUGUCUGGUCAUUUGGUGUUUUUAUGUGGGAAGUGUUUACAGAAGGAAAAAUGCCCUUUGAAAAAAGCUCCAAUUAUGAAGUGGUAACUAUGGUUAGCCAAGGACAUCGUUUAUAUCGGCCCAAACUAGCCUGCAAGCUGGUGUAUGAUGUCAUGAUGAUGUGCUGGCAGGAGAAACCAGAGGCACGGCCUACUUUUGAAGACUUGCUUCACAUCAUCAUUGACAUUGCUGAGGGGGAAGAAGCUUUCUGAAAGAGAAAGAGCAGCCCAAGUACUGGAGAGGAGCCACAUGCAAGACCUGUAGCCUUGUUUCUGUUUUAAAGGCUUAAGCUGCUGGGUGUUGUGAGCGUGUGGGGAACCUGUGACACUUGCUGCACUUAGUUAUACUUGGGAGUUAUACACGGUGCUGGGAAAUGUGCACAGUGCCUUCAAUAGGAGCAGUUCCUAUAUUUUUUUCUGAAAAAUCAGCAUUGCAUAAAGGACAAGCUGAGCUCUCUAUGGAGAAAAAGAGAGAAUGUGACCAAAGGCUAAGAGCCUAGUUUGCAUUUGCUGGGUUGUGCUUAUAUAUCUACAGUCCAUGUUUCUGAGUUUCUCUUUGCCCAGACAGUAGAAAUGGUGGUAUCAGUAGUGAUUUGUAUGCUUUAAAUUUGAAGGUAUCUAUUAAUUGUUAGUUACUGACACUGAAGUGUUUCCAGAGAUUCUCCAGAAACAUUGUUUUUCUCAGAUGGUGGAUCUGUGCCUUAUCAAGAACUCAAAACCUGCCUUUUUCCUUUGCACGCCUUGUAAAAUGUCGAGACCACCUAAGACCUCUCAUAAACCAAAGACCUUCCAAGACGAGUCCAAUCGUUACUUAGGAAAAAUAAAUCCAAGAUUCAGCACAAGCUGCUGUCAGUGUAGUAUAAUACCUUGUUUUUGAUUAAUUAUAAUUUAUAUGCUGUAUGUAUUGUAAAUAUAUAAAUUCUCUACGUUUAUUUAUAUAAAAUGAGUGUUCUCUUGAAGUUUCCAAGCAUGAGUUUGUUCAUCCUUAGCUUACUUAUGGAACUCAAUAUAUGAGACUAUAAAUGAAAGAAAUUACACCCCGUAUAUGYGUUAAAGGAGAUAUCCUUUUUCUGUCUCUGUUACCUGUAUGUGCAAUGAUCUCACCUUUCUGUU